ACACUCUUGAUUCAUUUUUAGCCUGUAACUUUUUUGCUGACUAGGUGAGAUGUGCAAAAAACGCAUUUUUGACGUUCAAGUGGUGAAAUCGACCCCUUCGACGGCUCCGAAGAAGAUGGGAUUUAUGUGGCCUUAUAGCUACUAAUGAAACGAACACUUUUUAUUCAUUUUUAGCCAGUAACUUUUUGCUGGUUAGGUGAGAAAUACCAAAAACCGC